AUGUUGGUGGGGUUAUAAAGUCAGUGUGAUCCUGGGUUAAUAUUUACAAAAUUAACCUUAUAAAUCUGAGCUCAGGUGUUGGCAGGAACAUUUGGAUUAAGACUGUACUGAACACUGGAUUCUGGUUUAUCUUCUCUGAGGGAGCAUUGAACUGAAGCGUUUGUGUUGACGGUGGCAGCGCUCGUGGGGAAGAGGACCCGUCGGCAAAAUAUACCAGAGUUGGUAGAUCUGGAGACAUAGUCACCUGAAGAAGAGCUUACAGAAAUGUGGAUGAAUACAUUUUCACGUUUUGCCCGGCCUGCCCUGCAAAGGAGCACAUCGGUCAUGGCCUGCCAGGCUCUGAGGGCUUGUUGUAGGACAGGAAAAACUGCCGGUCCACUAUCCUCUUGUCUGACUUCAGUGCAACUUCGUGGGCAUCAGACCCUGGGUUCUGCCUCUGCCUCCGCCUCCCUCCCUCUUACUCGUCACUCAGUGAGGCAUGUCCGGGCUUUGGAUGAGGAGAGACUGAUGGAGGUGGAGUGGGAGGAUGGAGGCCAAAGUCUGUACCCAUUCACUUGGCUGAGGGACAACUGCCAGUGUCCAAUGUGUACCCUGGAGUCUGCUCAGGCACGGAAACUGUUAAUGGCUGAUCUUGAUAUCCACACAGGAGUUGAUGUUGUGGAGGUCACAAAUGACAACAAGGUGUCUAUUGUUUGGCCCGACCAGCACACCAGUGUGUUUGAUGCCGAGUGGCUGAAAAAACGCUGUUUCUCUCCUGCUGCCAGACAAGCAAUGCAAGAAGAACUUUUCCUCAAUGAGCGUUAUUACUGGGACUCCAAACUGCGCAUCCCCACAGCAGACUACCAGGAAGUCCUGCAUGACGAUCAGGCGGCGCUGGCCUGGCUCUUGGCGCUGCGUCGCGUUGGCAUCGUGUACCUGAAGGGGGCUCCAGCUGAGCAGGGCCAAGUUGCUAGACUGGCUGAGAGGAUUGGCUACCUCAGGCUGACAUUCUACGGGCACACAUGGCAGGUCCAGGACAAAUACAUGGCAAACAAUGUAGCCUACACUUCUGGAAGGCUCAGUCUCCACACAGACUACCCGGCACUGCACUUUGCACCUGGAGUGCAGUUUCUUCACUGCAUCACUCAGGCGGUGGAGGGGGGCGAGAGCGAGGUUGUGGACGGCUUCCACAUGGCCAAGCAGCUGCAGAGAGAAGACCCAGAGGCCUUCAGGACGCUCACCUCACUCCCCGUGGACUUCACCGACACGGGGACGGACUACUGUGACUUCAUGCUGCAGUCCAAGAAAUGCAUCAUCGACCUUGACCCUGAGGGCCGAGUCGUUCGGAUUAACUACAACAACGCCACCAGAAACUCAGUGCUGGACCUGUCCUUACAUCAGGUUCAGCCUUUCUACAGAGCUCUGAAGACCUAUGUGAACAUCAUGAACCGACCAGAGAACGUGGUCACAUACAGCAUGCAGCCAGGAGACUUGGUGACCUUUGAUAACUGGCGUCUGCUGCACGGGCGGAGGAGCUACGUCAGCAGGCCGGACAGGUUGAGACACCUGGAGGGAGCCUACCUGGACUGGGACGAAGUCAUGUCCCGCCUCCGGAUACUCCACAGCUCGGUCAAUGGCAACGUCUGAAACUUUGCAGAGAAUGGAAACAAUGUUUUAGGUUUCAAGAGUUUAGCUGAACGCUGAGGAGACAGAGGGCGAAGUGCAAAGAUGUUGAACUAUCUGACAACAGGUGAAGAGCUUGAUCUCUUUCUGUGAGUCAGUCAGGCAUCAAAUCAACAGUUGAGGAUGCUUUCUUUAGGCUGGUGUUAAAUCUGCAGGGUGUCUUUAACUUUUCAGGCUUAUUACAGGGCAACGCGUCAAUGCAAAAUAUGACACUUAGAUUUCAUUUUUAUAAGCUGAUACUUCAGAGGUUUUAUACUUUUUUAAAAUUAUGAUAUUAUGAAUCUCAUAAGUUUAUUUUAAUCAAAUUCAUAAUUCCCUGUUCUCUGGUUAAGCUCACCAUGUUUCGGCUGUUUCUGAAAUCACAUUGUUUUUUUACGAUGGAUUACAGACUGUUAUUUUGUUUAAUAAUGAUACUUCUGCUUUUGUUAGACGAGGAUGGAUACAUUUGAUUUGUGAUGCAAAAAGAAUGAAAAAAAAAAACUCAACAUGAAACUACUUUGUUGUUUAACCAAAACAAAAUAGUUCCUGUGAAAGCUAUAGUUGUUAAUAUGGAAAAGGAUUUUUCAUCAGAAACAGAAACAAUUCUUUUUGUAUUCAGCAGCAUGAUUUACCUUUUUGUGAUUCUGGCAGAAGUUUCAGAGCUGUUAUUUAUUUAUUUUUUUGUUUGAGGGAAAUUCUAUCCUAUACGUAUCUCUAAACUACCCGACUGGUUACCAGGAUUUGGUGAUCAACGAGUGUAAAACGAAUCCAUAAGGUACUCGUGAACUUUUUCAUGAUGUUAUUAUAAAGCACAAUGUGCUUACGUUUCAUGUUGCUAAGUUUGUGAUGCUGUUAUUCUCUAGAUUGGACAGUGACGAGUUCUUCUCAUUCUUUGGGGGAAACCAUUUUCAGACGAGGUUUUACAUUUUAACGGUCACCCAAGUGCCCAGAGACAAAUGUAUCCGUUACAGCCUUGAUUCAUUUUAAUGGAACUAUAACGACGACUGUGCAGUAUUUAGGUGCUCUAACAUUUCUAGAGGCAACAGUAAGUUUCUUAUAGCGAGAUGCUCGUGUAGAUGGAAAUACUUGACACUGCUCCUGUAAGAUGAAAUAUAAAAGACAUUAUGGAUUUAUCAGGUAAAGUGUGAUCAGGUGUUCACUGAUGAGCUCACCAGUGAAUGGUAUACUAUGGUGCGGCAGACCUUUGUUUGGGGAGUUUUCCUUUGCUCAGUCUUAAUUCUUUUAAGGGUUGCACUGCUGGUCACUAUGAACUCAAACUAUAAAGAAAGCUUUUUGUAAAGUGUGUUUCACUGAAUGUACACACAGCUGGCUCAAAUAAAUCUCUGUAGCUCCAACUUUGUCGUCUACGUGUUUGAUUGGUGAAGCUCACUUUUAUGUCUUAAAAAUGAAAACAUACCGCACUUCAUUUGCAACAACUUUAUUAUAUUGCCAAAGCUGUACAUGUUCUAUAAAUACUUUUUUAAAUACUGGAAUUAUUACACCUGACAUCUCAUUUCAUUUAUUCCCUCUCAUUACAGCAGCUGGCUUAAACAAUGACAGGGAUGAGCUGUAAUAGUCCAGUAAACAAAAACAAAAACAAACAAUCGUAAGCAGAACGAGCCAUGUCCCAUUCACAAACCAACUUCAGAGACGCUUCAGAUCCAGUUUCUGUCAUUUUCAUUUAUUGAUGAAACAGGAUCCUCCGAAUAUCCCAAUCAUCGCCUUUCUUUGCACAGUUAAAUCACUCAAAAAUAAGCUUGUCAGAGUCUAAAGAACAUCUUCCAGUGAAAUAACUGUACCGAUAUAUUGCUGAUCUGGAGAAACACACACACACACACACAAACACACACUCAUGUGAAAGUCAAAUGAGCCAGCGUUAAGACCAGAUUCAACUGUUCUUUACUAUCACAGAACAGAAACAACAUUAAGACUGGAGGAUCAGAUGACCACAGCUUUAAGCGUUCAACACGUCAGAAGAUCAGACUCAGGGCGGAAAACUGCUGCUGUGACUUCUGAGGGCUUCAGACUUUUGUCACAGAUCAGACUGACACCAUACUCUG